AUGAUGGCCAAGAAAACUAGCCCGAACCUCGAGGCGCAAAUCUUAGCUGCAAAUAUUUUCGCAACUAAAGAAAGAGAUAACCGCCUGGGACGAUAUUUGCAGAUUGGGAUCUUGGUGGUCCUGCUAGCGGUGUUGUUGUUACUCGGUGCGUUUGGCGCUCGGUACUACUGGAAGCAGCAGGAGAGCAAGGUUUAUGACCUACUGUACCGAAUAAAUAUCAAUGGUUCUAUCAAAGAGAGCUUAAUGAAGAUUGAUGGCAUCAAUGGGUUUGAGAUCUUCACAACAGGAAAUGGCAGUGAUGAGUCUGUGGAAAUCCAUGAUUUUAAAUCUGGACUAACAGGAAUACGUUUCGCUGGAGGAGAAAAAUGCUACAUCAAAAGCCAAAAAAAAUUAUUUCUUCCCAAUGUUACACCCAUCAAGAGUGAAGAAGAUUUGAUUAGCUUGCAAGAUGAAAUUAUGCCAGUGAAGUUUGAUGAGUCUCUUGUUUGGGUGGCAGCUGAGCAUCCAAUUAAGGACCAACAUUUUCUGCUGAAUUCAAAAGUCCUCGAAAUAUGUGGCAAUCUUCCUAUUUAUUGGCUCCGUCCAAUAUAUUUGAAAGAUACAGGACUUUAUGAUUUUGGAGAUCCAGAGGAAGCUGAAGAAGAGGCACUUUCUGACGAGUUGAAAAGCAACCCCAAUGGAAAGCGCCCAGCACGCUCUGUAAAUGACUAUCGGGCAUACGGAUUCACUUUCGAUCCUAUGCUUGAUCACAAUGGAUUUUGCUGCAUAGAAUGCCACCGUGGACACCAGCACUGCCGGCGAGUCUGUGAGCCUCUUGGUGGUUACAUGCCCUACCCUUACAACUACCGAGGAUGUCGUGUCAUCUGUCGGAUUAUCAUGCCAUGCAACUGGUGGGUCGCACGCAUGCUUGGGAGAGUAUGA